AUGUCACAAAUUCAGGAAUCGUAUACCGGACAGAGUGGAAUUCUAUAUACCACCCAGGAAGUUCUACAAGAGGACGAAACGCCUCCGCGACGCGUAUGCUCAAGCCAUGAUAACGCCGGUCGAAAGUACAUCCUCAAAUACAUCCCUGAAGUCAAUUAUUCGUAUCUCGAAAAGGAAAUCUACGGUAGACUGCGUGAAGAUGCCAAAAACGUCCGAAUUAUUGAAGACGCCAUUCCAGACAAGUCUAUGUUUGUUUUCAAAUAUUUCCGGAGCCAUUUUCUCGGCCUUGUUCAACAGAAGAAUCUGCCCUUGGACGUGACGAAAACAAUUCUAAAACAAGCUCUACUUGGCAUCGCGGAGAUGCACGAUAAAGAAAUUGUGCAUUCAGAUAUCAAGGCUGAUAACAUCCUCGUUGAUUGGGAGGACGGUCGGGGGGAAAUUGCAAUUGACCAAGUGAAAAUUGCGGAUCUGGAAGAUGCUGCAUAUGUCCCCCCGAAUACUGCAAUCGUUGGAAAACAGGCGGGCAACUACAUGUGGCGAAGCCCCGAAGCCCAUGCGAGUGGUCCCAUUGGGAAGCCUUCCGACAUUUUUUCAUUCGCAAUAGUUAUGAUAUACGCUCUGAGUAAACGGAUCAUCUUCCAUGUUACCGACGAAGAACUCGACGGCGGCAAGCUUGAGCGGAUCGCAAUCGUGAUUGAGCGCCAAAUGUCGUUCUUUGGCGAAUGGCAGAGCACCAACGAGUUCAUUGGGGACCAUCUCGCACCGGAUAAUCCGUACGGCCAGGUCUUCCUGAUCACACGUGAUGGAUUUGGACUAGGAACGCCCAGAAAUCCGUUUCGAUUGUCGAACAGUUUUGAUGAUGACUUUAAAGACUUGGUGGUGAACAUGACGGAUUUCAAUCCUGCAAAGAGGAUCACCGCGAGAGAGGCACUGCAGCAUAAGUGGUUCAAUGGCGUCUGA